AUGGCCGAAGCACCCCCAAAAAAACGCGCGCGCUCGUCGGCGUGCGGUCGCUGCGGCCCGUGCCUCGCGCCGGAAUGCGGUUUGUGCAAACCCUGCCUCGACAUGCGCAAGCGCGGCGGCCCGGGAACCUUGCGAAAGAAAUGCGUGGCGCGAAUUUGCGUGGCGCCGGUGUCGAGCGACGCGAGGCCGCCGCGCGUCACGCCGACGCCGCCACGAUCAUCACCACCGCCGAACACGCCGCUGCCGGAAUUCGGGCACGAGUCGCAGCCGGAGCUCCUCGAGGUCUGGAACGAGCAGCAGCGGCUGCGCAAUUGCGUGCCGCCGCGCUGGGCGCCCGCGGGCGAGCGCGUCAAGGCGGGCCUGCAGCCGUAUCCGCCCAUCACGGUCGCGGCCGCCCGCGCCGCGCGAGGACGCGCGGCCGCGGAGCCCGGGCCGGCGGCGCCCGAGCCGGACGCCGACGACGACGCACCCGCGCCGGAGCCUGUGGCGGACGGCGCCGCGCCCGCCCCGGAGCCUGUGGCGGACGGCGCCGCGCCCGCCCCGGAGCCUGUGGCAGACGACGACGCGCCCGCGCCGGAGCCCGUGGCGGACGACGACGCGCCCGCGCCGGAGCCCGUGGCGGACGACGACGCGCCCGCGCCGGAGCCGGAGGACGACGCCGCGCUGCGGGCGACGGAGACGCCGUUCCGCGCCGCGCUCGCCGCGCACGCCGCGUCGGUCGACCUCAUCGCGACGGGCGACACGGUCGCGGGCUUUGCCCCGCCCACCGACGCGAUGCUGGCGGCGGCGACCGGCGCGUGCGCCGCGGCGCUGCCCGACGGCGACUGCGAGGACCUGUCGAGCGUGCGCCUGGCGAAGGAGUACUACGACCACUGGAAGCCCGACGAGGUGCGGGCCAUCGUCCUCGCGGAGUCGCACGUCUUCACGGCGCCGGAGGAGCAGGCGGCGAAGCGGCUGUCCGACGCGGCGUUCGAGCGCCUGCGGCGGGAGCACGGCUACGACGGCCCGCGCGGCUACGUGCGCCUCGUGAACUGCCUCGGCUACGGCGAGCAGGCCCUCUGCGCCGACGGGCGCGCCGCCGACCGGGGCUCGACGCAGUUCUGGCAGCUCCUCGCGGCGUGCAGCCGCGAGCUCGCGCCGGCCACGCCCGCGACGCCGGUCGUCGGCCCGGGCGGCCAGCUCAGCGACGUCCUGAAGCUGGGCUCGCCGCGGCUCGCGGACCGGCUCGCGGCGAAGUUCCGCGUCAUGCGCGACCUCAAGGCGCGGGGCAUCUGGCUCCUCGACACGUGCGUCGUCGGCUGGUACAUCCCCCAGGCGACGUACUACGUGCGGUCGGCGCGGAACGGCGAGGUCCAGCGCAAGGCGAAGGAGCGGCCGCCGAAGCGGUGCAAGACGCCCGCGCUGACGCUCUCGUGGGAGCUCUACACGAAGCACGUCGUCCGCGCGGCGGCGGCGGCGGGCCACCUGAAGGCGCUCAUACCCAUCGGAGCGGAGGUCUUCGCGGCCAUCGGCCUCGACCGCCUCCGCGCCGCGGCGCCGGGCGCGGUCGUGCCCGGCGAGGCCUUCCCGGCGCCCAACGCCUGGGUCCGGGGCGGCUACGGGCCCUACUACGCCUACCUCUCGGCGAUCUGCGCGCCGGGCGCGGACGUCGCGAACGUCCCGCUGCCGCGCCCGCAGACGACCGGCCGGGCCGCGCCCGCCGCCGCGCCUGCCGCCGCGCCGAGCGCGGUCGUCACGCCCGGCCCCGCGGCCGCGGCCGCCGCCGCGCCGAGCGCGGUCGUCACGCCCGGCAAGGUCCCGAAGCCGCACGGGCACGCGCCCCUCGGCGCGACCUGGGACGGCGCCAGGGGCGAGUGGGUCCGCGCCGCCUCGCCGCCGCCGGACCCUGUCGUCGAGGCGGAGCCCGCGGCCGCCGACGAGGAGCUGACGGAGUGGCGCGCGGCGGUCGGCGACGAGUGGGCCGACUGGCGCGGUUGCAUUUGCAACGGUCCGUACCACGGCUCGAUGGUCGGCUGCGACGGCGGCUGCGACAACUGGUUCCACUUUGCGUGCGUUGGGAUCACGCGCCUGCCGCGCGGCGAGUUCUACUGCGAAGAGUGCAAGGCCAGGCGCGAGGCCAAGCGGCGGCGGCUCGAGGCUGCGGCGUCGACGCCCAGGCCCAAGCCUAAGCGCAGCGCGCCGACGCCGCGGCCGACGCCCGACGAUCGCCGCCGCGCCCGCACGAAGAAAUCCGGGCGGCGCCCGGCGGCCAAGCCCUCGGCGAAGCGUCUCAAGCCGCCGGCGCCGCGGACGCGCCCUGCGGCGCCCAGGCGAGCCGCUCGUAGCGCCUAA